GCGUAAAAAUAUUUAACAGCAGUUAUUUUUAUUUUGGCGUUUACAUUAUUCAAUUUCGUAUGAUUUUUAACGUAAAAAUCAUAAGAAAUCGAAUAAUUACUUGGAACUCGUAACAGGUCAAACUCUAAAACAGUAAAAACUAUCUGACUGUUGACAAGAAAUAUUUAUAUGUCUUUAUACCAAAUAAUAUCUACGGAUACAUUGUAAAAUGCAGGCUAGGAAGGUUUUGGAUAAAAAAAACUAUCCCAAAUUGCCUCGUGUUUCUAAUCCUUUGUACAAUUUGUAGUAAUCCAUCAAUCUAAAUCGGAGCUAACCAUUUACAUACGUUUAUAUUUUCUAAAAUUCAUGAAAUUCAAAGAGAUACGAGUCUGCUUUGUAUCAGAAAUUUGCAACAAACCUGUGUGAGCAAUUACAUGUUUCUUUAAGUCGAUUUUUGUAUUAUUUGCAGAGGAAUAAAGGGUUUUAUUUUCACCGGUGCUCAGGCGUUUGCAAAUCACCAGAGGAAAAUUUUUUCAUGUAAUAAACUGUGUACACUUUAAUAACGAGUGAAAUCAAGGAAAUCAAGCAAAAUUCCAUAUUUUUCUAUUUUUACCAAAUGAGAAACCGUGUUGAUAACGUUAAUUACUAUACCCAACUUUACGCCAUUUACUCGGUUUUUAUUUUCUACGUACACAGUAUUUACAAAUUGCUUGCUCGUCAACGUGUACGAUUUCCUUUUUACCCAGCCAACAAAUAAGUAGGUUGUCCACCUCGCACAAAAUCAACAUUACCAUGAGAAACCCAUGAGAAACUCAUUUUUACUUGCACCAAAGCAAAGACAAGUCACAUGGUCACACUUGACUGCGGUAACUUUCAUCAAUUCUUAAAAAAUGCUCUGUAAUUCCAAUACACACACGUCAACGUAAACUCGAUUUUAAUCCAGAGUCUCAUCUUGCCUCCUUUGUUUUCUUGCUAUACAUAGUCUCACCUGUAAAUUUUACAUACAUUUUACAAAAUAUCAACAAAAAAUGUCCGAAUAAAUUCGGGCAUGACCUACAAUUAAUUAUUAUAAUAGUAAUUUUCCUCUGGUCUGAAAUUCUUGCCCCAUUUUCAUUUCACUCAGGGACAUAACUCAUUAGUUCCCAUCAUCGUAGUGAAUUGUACGUACGGAGUUGUAUAAAAAAUAAAACUUGACGAAUUUGUUUUACUUGGUGAUGAUUUGUGCUAAUCGGAAGAAGUGUAGCGUAAUUUUGCCACAGCUUCCAUUCCAUCUCGAUGACCGCUAUACUGCAUGAUAUCGUUGUGGUCGAAAUAUGCCCCUCCGUUCGUCCACCACCAAUUGAAACAAGGCUAAUGGGGUGCGAGACUUUGCUCAUCGUCGUCACCACACACAGCACAAAGUCGUUCACCAAAGUCGUUAUUUUCAACAAACUUGCAGAUUACAUUACACUCGCAUCUCUGCUCUCUCGCAACAAUUUAUGCCCGAAUGAAACUGUGUUAAUAGAAUGUUCAUACAUAUGCAUGUAGAUACAUAUGCUUAUAGAAAAACCAUCAAUAAUAAAUAAUACCUGGGGACCGUGUGGACAGGAUGGCUCUCUUUUUUGAGGGGGAUCACUUCCCAUGUUAUCCUUGACCUCGAGAGGGGCCAAAAUUCCACCACAAUCCUUUUCGUACGGCCCAUAUUUCUAAAUCUGAUGGUCAAUGGCAAGGUUAGAAGAACAACAGUAUAUUAAAAAUACAUACAUACAUAGGUAAAAUAUAUAGCGGUUCUUUGCAACGAACACCCUUGUUCACGCCGUCGUCCAAACAUUUACUCUCGUGGAGUUUGUCUGGUCCGAAAGCGUUUCUAUAUAAGGGGAUGAAACGCGAGGUGUCCGAGUCCAGUACCGUAAGUCGUCACACUAACAUCCUUAUGAUUUAAAGUCUGACAGUAAUUGCUCCCUUUUUCCGGACUGAACUGGUUUCGAGGGUGGAUUUGGACCAGAUUUUUCUCUGUGAAAAGAAAGAAUUCUUUCUUAGUCAGGAUUCCAAAGUGUCACCAAUGUCAACGUGGUGUCCAGUCAGGGGGCAACUCUAUAUUUAACUUGUACCCUUGAUUUAUUUCGGUAAUUUUACUCGUGAGAAGGUCGACGAGGGUGAUUCACGUUAAAUUGAGGAAGAGGAGAGCAGAAUAUAGGACAAUGGUGAAGGGAGGUCUGCCUUGGUGGUCGUGGGUGUGGUGUGUCGUGUUGGUGAAAUUGUGCUCGGGAGCUUCCACGGUUCGAAGCAGUGGUGAUGGUGGUGACAGUGUCAAGAAUCCGAUUCCCGUUCUCUACUCGACCUCCGGGAUUGAUAAGGAGUUUCAGCUCGAACUGUUCAAAUCGGUUUUUGCCUCCCUUCGUGACCUCGACGUGUCGGGGGACACUUUCACCCCGGAUUUUAUAGAUGUAUCACAACUAAAAAAUUCUACUCUGGUAGCGCAACGGCUUUGGACCAACUCUUUGGCAGCUCCUACUAGUCUCACUUUGAUCUCGUUAUUGAGCGAGUCUCACUUGUCUCAAAUUGCCUCAGAGUGGGACCGUCUCGUUUCAUCGAACCCGACCAGGAUUACGCGACCUGUUAAAAUUUAUACGCCCCGAUUGAUCGGUGGGGUUCAUUUUCCUCCCUCCGUGGUGGUCUCGUCGGUGCAGAUGGGUCGCACCGGGGCGAGUGUGGCGUUGCUCAACCGUGUCGCCAAGGUGGGGAUUAAUGCCCUCAUUCCCGUUCUGGAUGGUGGCGACGUGUCGCAGGUCAAAUGGUUGGACAUCUUUGAACAGGAGGCCGGUCGUCUGGGAGGGAUUGGAUUUACGGACCCGAUUUUUAUCCAGAGACCGGAUCAUUUAGCCACUUUUCGGGAAAUGUUGGACAAACAGGGUGGAAUUCGGGGGGGUUCGGGGAAGAAGAGGUUUGGUGUGCUUUUGUUGGCCAGGAAUGGAAGCAGGUUAGCACUGAGGGCGGCUGGAGAGAGGGAGCAUGUGCAAAUGGGAUGGUUUUCUCCGGAUAUUUUGGAGCAUGAGGAGUGGGCUUAUGGGGGUGGGGAGGAGGGCGACGAAUCCAGGGGGAGGCAGAGGAGAGAAAUUGCGACGAAUGUGACGACCGUUAAUGCACAUUUUGGCCUCUACACGGUCAACUUUGUGGGUUCGGGAGGUUGGGAUAAUCCCACGAGGAGGAGGAUGUUGCGAGAGUUGACGAAAUAUACGGGUGCGAGUCCUCGUAUAUUGACCUCCGUGCUGGCCUAUGACACGGCUGCCCUGGCAGUCGAAGAAGUCACUGGAGGUCAAAUCUCCACCCUUCCACCCCUCUCGGGAGGAAUUCAUUUCUCAUCUCAAGGUCAAAGGUCGGACGGGGUGUACUUUGGCGUCUCAGCCGUUCCAGAACUUACCUCUCAGUCGGCCACCCUCCUCCAACCGUCCACUUGGAUCUUGGAGGAUACCAUUUCACUCAAGAGAGACGAGUUGCAGGAAGAAAAACUCGUAAUUUCCGACUUCCAGGUCGCCACUUCCUCGCUGCUCACCGGGUCAGAGUUGCGCAUGCUCGCAAACAAGACGCGGAUUGAUGUCGGGUGCUCUGAAUACGUUAUGAACCUCAUCACGCACGACCCCUUCAACCAAAUGCCGUACAAUUACUACUUCAAGGAGGAAAAUCUACCAGAAAACUUAUUAAUUCCGAACCAGCACGGGUUUGGGAUUACAUUCCUCUGUUUUCAUGGGUCCGACAAUGUCACGGAGGAACCGCUCACGACCACGUUGCAAGUCGCGUGCACACCCGGAGCGAAAAUCAGCGAGCCAAUUAAGUGUUUCCGAUCAGAGAUGAAAUUACGACAGAAGCGAAGUCCGGUUGAAGUGGUCGACAGCGUCCCAGCGACCCAGUAUCAAUAUGGCUUCGGACAAGUCAAUGACAACAAUUGGAAUUUGCCGCAGAAUUCGAAGUGGUCGAAUCCUAAGGAGGAUGCGAACAAUAAUAAUUAUUAUUAUCAGAGCUAUAACUAUCCAUCCACUCCGGCACCGGCCAAUAAGCGUCUCGACUCGUCCGUCUCUGCCGCAUCGGAAGUGUCCACCACCCCGGCACCCGCACCCGCCCCCACGUCCAACUUGCCCGAGCUGAGACAAAUCCUCAAGGCAGCGAAACCCUUUGUCGGCUCGUGCAUCGGGUCGACGACGGGGUGCGCGAUGUGUGUCCUCGUCUUGGGCCGACUUCCGCUCGGCGCUGUCCCUGCCGCCUGCACGGGGCCGUGUUUCGUGGGAACUUUCGGAAGUUGUGGGGCCCUCUUGGGACGAGUCUUUUCGGAAACAACGGUCAUCUGCACGGAGUUAUUUCGACAGGGAUUGAUGGAUCCGGAAACGUUCAUGGCGGACGUGGAGUUUGGCAGGCUGUUGCAUGACCAGUUCCCAACGACAAUGCAAGGCUACACCCUUCUCGCCACGCCACUCGUCGAUGUCAUGAAGACAUCCCCCCUUAUCACAAGGAUCGUCUCCUUCUUCGCCCUCCCGUGGGCCCACCACAUGAAAUUUCUUGCCGGUCGGACUAGCCAGCCCAGCAUUGGCGGACUUUUAAUCCACACCCUGGGCUUCCCCCUUUGCAAUAUUGCCGGCUAUCUCGACUCUAUUUAUCACGAGUAUUCAAAUCAUUAUUAUUCAAAUUAUAUGAUAGGAUGGUCAACAUUUUUUUCCAUCGUGGCACUCGCAGCACUAAUAAUUUUAACAAUUUUGGAUACAAGGAAGUGGAAAAUGAUACUGCAGUACAAUACUAUUUUUUCAAAGAAAUUUUGGACGUGGGGGACGAAAAGGACGUUAUAAAUAUACUAUUUUAGUUGAGAACACGCGGAAUGAUGACGUAGUAGAAGAAGAUGAGUAGCGUAACGAUAGCCAAGCCCACGUAGCACGUCAUCUUAUUCCCCGUGACGCCCCGAGUGAGCCCUAUGUUCCUCAAACGCCCAGACGAUCCGCCCAAACGGGCCCGACCCGACUCCAUCUCAUCACCAAGUCCGUCCAGGAGAGGGAUCUGGUCACGAGCCUCCGAGUCAAGGUCAAAGGCCAACUGAAAUCAAAACAAUGAGACGACAUGGUGAUUAAAAUAUAGACUACAAAUCAUCAACAUGACCUCCACAUCUACAAAUACCUACCUACCAGUGACAAUAAGACUUUGUAUAUGUAAUUAGCUCGUUAGGUAAUUAUUACGUACGAUAUUUAUUUAUCUAUUGUAACUAGAGACACAUUAAAUAUGCAACUAUUAUUGUUUAAUGGAACGCUUUGGUACAAAUGAAAAACGAAAGUACUGACCAAGACGAGUUACAAGGACGGUACGAAUCGAAAUAAAUGUCAAGUUUUCUACUAUUUUAA